UCCCACGUCUUAAAAAUGAUAAGGGGAUGGCUGAUGGAGCCUGCUUUUGGCUCUAAAAACCCCCGGCAGCUCGUAGUUUUAUGAAUGAAACCGCCUGGCUGAGCUGGGAGUAACAUCCUCGCCCUCAAACUCCGAAAAGCUGAUCCUUUGAGACACAGAGGGAGAGAGCAGCAAAAAAUCCCUGUUUGUAACCUAAACGCGCUGCAACCUGGAAGGCUGGCAGAAUAAACCUAUUGUGGAGCUGAAACGUGCCGGGAUAUACAAGCGAAAAACCCCCAGAGUACCGCUGUUUGUGAAAAGAUGCACGCGGAAAACAAACAGCACCAGGGGCUGCGGCUCUGAAGGGAGCGAAGUUGCUCCCGCUUCACAUGGGCUCCUUGGCUGCAUUUCGGGAGCUGCCCAGAUCUCCAGCCAUGAGAAAACGAAGCAAAAGACCGGGGUUUCUCGUCACGUGCCUUUCUGGCUAAAAAACUCUGUAAACAAACAAACAAUCAAACAUAAAUUCUGGAAAAGGUGGGGGGUGGGGGGGGGACGGGAGGGGAAGAAGGAGAAAUCAUCUGCUAAGCGGAGCGUUUGGAGACCUCUCGUCCUCCGACUUCCCUGAGCAAGCUUGGAUGUUGGAAGAAGCCUCUUGGAUAUGGGAUCAUAUCUGGUUUAUCACAGCCUGGGUUUGAUCCUCUGCUGCUCUGUCUUGAGUUCAGUCUACGCUCUGGACAGCCUGGGUGGUGAGCUCAUGAUACCAUGGAUAUCUGCAGCGAGGAGAGCUGAAUCACUGGGUCGGACAGCAGCAGAGCAGCCUUCAGGAGACUCUAUGUCUGUCUGCCAGGUGGAUGCUGAUGAUGUCAUCACCAAAGAGGAGCAGAUCUUCCUACUGCUAAAUGCCAAGGCUAUGUGUGAACGACACCUGAAAGCCAAGGUGCCCAAGGUGCAUGAUGGCUUUUGCCUUCCUGAGUGGGAUGGUAUUGUCUGCUGGCCUGAAGGUGUGCCAGGCAAAGUGGUGGCAGUGCCAUGUCCCGAGUACAUCUAUGACUUUCAUCACAAAGGCCACGCUUAUCGCCGGUGUGACCUGAAUGGGAGCUGGGAGCUGGUCCCGGGCAACAACCGCACCUGGGCAAACUACAGUGAAUGUACCAAGUUCCUCACCAACGAGACGAGGGAAAGGGAGGUCUUUUAUCGCCUCUAUUUGAUUUAUACUGUUGGAUACUCCAUCUCUCUGGGAUCCCUCACAGUUGCUGUCCUUAUCCUGGGAUAUUUCAGACGUUUGCACUGCACUAGAAACUACAUCCACAUGCACCUGUUUGUAUCCUUCAUGCUGAGAGCCAUGAGCAUCUUCGUGAAGGACGCAGUCUUGUACUCUGGGUCAGCUUUGGAGGAGAUGGAACGGAUCUCAGAGGAAGACUUGAAAUCCAUCACUGAAGCACCUCCAGCAGACAAAUCGCAGUUUGUGGGCUGUAAAGUAGCGGUUAUCUUCUUCCUCUACUUCCUGGCAACCAAUUACUACUGGAUUCUGGUGGAAGGGCUCUAUCUCCACAGCCUCAUCUUCAUGGCAUUUUUCUCAGAGAAGAAGUAUCUUUGGGGAUUCACAUUAUUUGGCUGGGGACUCCCUGCUGUAUUUGUUACAGCGUGGGCCAGCGUGAGAGCUGCUCUAGCCGACACAGAGUGUUGGGACUUGAGUGCUGGCAAUUUAAAAUGGAUCGUUCAGGUGCCCAUCCUGGCAUCUAUCGUGGUAAAUUUUAUUCUUUUUAUCAAUAUUAUCAGAGUCCUAGCAACCAAGCUACGAGAGACGAAUGCAGGGAGGUGUGACUCAAGACAACAGUACAGGAAGCUGCUGAAAUCUACCCUCGUCCUUAUGCCUCUGUUUGGCGUUCACUAUAUUGUUUUCAUGGCUAUGCCAUACACAGAAGUGUCAGGGAUUCUUUGGCAAAUUCAAAUGCACUAUGAAAUGCUGUUCAACUCUUUCCAGGGAUUUUUUGUUGCCAUCAUAUACUGUUUUUGCAAUGGAGAGGUCCAAGCAGAAAUAAAGAAGUCAUGGAGCAGGUGGACAUUAGCACUUGACUUUAAAAGGAAAGCACGAAGUGGGAGCACAACCUACAGUUAUGGACCAAUGGUUUCCCACACCAGCAUCACAAAUGUAGCCACAAGAGGGGCACUUGCCCUCCAUCUCAAUACGAGACUUAUACCAGGGACCCUCAACGGACACCGGAAUUUGCCAGGUUAUGUAAAAAAUGGGUCAAUUUCUGAAAACUCCAUGCCUUCUUCUGGACCAGAGCAGUACAACAAAGAGGAGGAGUACCUGAAUGGCUCUGGGCUUUAUGAUGGAGACAGACCCACAGUACUUGUUGAAGAAGAAAGAGAGACAGUGAUGUAACGAGAGGAGGAGAAAAAAAAAUAAGCAAAAGAAUGAAAAAGUUUCCUGGAGAGCAUUUAGUGGGCAAAAGAAUAUCAGGCCACGCAUGGGAUGCCAAGGGUUUCCAUACAGUUUCUCUGCUCUGUGGAACGAGAGGUUAAGUUAUACGGGAAAAAAUAAGUGAGCCACUGAUGUGGCCAGCUGUCAGUCACAUACAUUUACUCAGUGAUCUAAGUUUCCCUGGUGUUAAUUAACAGAGGCAGGGCUAUUGAGACACAUGGGCCUUGCUACCUGCUGAACAACAGAGACACUGAGAGUUCCCGACGGAGGGUUGCGAAGCAGCACGUGGUCCUUGGACCUCUCGGAGAGCGUGGGCAGCCAAGGAGGAUGGGAGUCUCACCCAGAAAAACAAGAGUCUUGCGGCAACUGUUCAGUGCCAUCUUCUUGUGAGGGUACAAGCCACCCUGGGCAUCAGCAUCUUCAGUUUGGUUUGCUCUUUCCCUGUAAGGUCUGCCUGGUAACACACACAACACCAACUGAGCUCCCUCGGCGGUCAUAGCUGCCUGUUCUUGUAGACAAAGAGCUCAAUGUGGGACAGCUCAGUACAACCGAUGGCAUGUUCUUCCCUUGGGCAAUCUCACUCUUUGGCAAAACAGUCCUCUGGGGUGGGCAGGGUUAAGAGCUUGUGGUUGCUGGAUGCAGGGAGAAAACUAUUCUACUUUCCCUGACCUGAGUCCCAGUAUCAAGCCAGAAACCAGUGCAAUUUUAGGAUGGAAAAUGUGGUUAUCAGAAUGUGCGAUGUUUUUGUUCUUCCAGAUGCAGCAGUGGAGAGGGGCCCACCAAGUGGGUUGAGGCAGGGUGGGGAAUUUGCAGACCUUGUGUGCCUGUGUGUGUCUGUGGCUAAAAUCAGAGAGCAGCUAACUCAGCCUUCCCUUUUUUGUGGAUGCUCAUGGAAACAGGCUUUGGCCAUUUUUAAACCUCUAAAUCGCUUCUCAUUCUCCCCUUUGUAUUUUCAGCUUCUUACUAGUCCAAACCCUCAUGAGGAUAAAGACUCCUUCAAAAAUUUGCCUGUAUCACCCAGAAGCACAAGCUGCUGGAUACAGCCAAACAAAUCUACCUUCAUGAGAUCCAAAGGCAAUAUUUGUUGGAUAAAAUCAUAGAGAUCGUUUGUGGAUGGUCUCCCUUUGAACAUCUCCAGAACUUUCCUAUUCUUUGUGGUUUCGUCACACAGACACAUAUGCACACCGGGUUAGACUCUUAGCUGGUGCAAACAAGUGUAAAUUCAACCAAAGUCACUGAGUUGGCUGACAAAUGCUCAUAUGAGGAAAUGUUAUUGCAUUGCUUCUGAAAGGAAGCACACAAGGAAAUGUCUCCUUCUUACAGGAAAGAGACCAGGAAAUAUUUUCUCACUGUGCAGAGUUUCCUUCGGUUUUUGCAAGCUGUGCCAAAUAGUAAUUUUCUGGCAUGCCUCACGCCAUCAGCAGCAACAAAGAGGUACCAUCCUCCUUGGCCAACAGUGCACAGUGCUGGGGUCUUUUCACACCAGCUGAGUAUUCCCUGAAGGGUCUCUGGCAGUUUCAAAGCAUGAUGCAGAAUCUCCCAGAAGUGGGAAAUUAGGAACAGUGACCCAAUUUCCUAUUGCAGCACGUGUUUCCCCAGAGGAAGGACUCUGGCUGAGCAGGUCCAAACUCUUUCUUCAGCCCCUGUCACAACAUUGAUAUUCCCUUGCUGCAGUCCAGGAGUCAGCUCCUUCAUGGUGCUUUUUUUCUUAUUUCUUCUCUUCCUUCUUGACAAGUUUCUAGUACCUGAAGCAUUUUGACCUCACCUGGCUGUUACUCAAAUGGAACAGGAAAGAGAUAUUGGGAGAGUUUGCAGAAGUCCUUUAGGAUGCAGGUGGGGUCAAUGGGACAAUCUACUCUCUAUCCUGAUCCUUUAGAUGCAGCUGCUGGGUCACAUCAAACACCGCUUCAGAUACACAUCCAAUCGAUGCAAUCAGCUGGUCUUCUGUGGGUAAAUUAAGGACUAACUUCCUUUAAACUCUGAAGGAGGUCAGGAAGAGUAGUUAGGAUCUUCAGUCUGUUUUCUGUGUUCUAGAUCUUCUCUAAACAGCCUCUUGGGUGAGAGCCUGAUCCAAAGCCUAGCAAAGUCAAGGAAAAAGAAAAAAAAAA